AUGCCUCUCCCUUCAAUCGCCCGCCUCGGCCUCGGUCUCACUAUCGGUCUCUCCGCCGCAACAACCUUACACCUCCACCCAUACUCCCCCUUCCGCGCCGCACCGAUGCAAUGCCAGUACACCGCGCCGUACUCCCGGCCGGACACGCAGACAAACCCGGACAACGGUUGGGCCGUACAUGCCAACGAUCCCAUCCUGCAGAAGCAGGGCACCACACAGACUACGAGCCGGUCAUCUAUCUUUGCGGGAUUCUUGUCCGCGCAGACGAUGCGGCAGUGGGCUGCCUCCAAAGGGUACAAUAUCCUCCCCAUCAACCGCAUGCAAAAGUACGUCAAGAAGGUCGACCUGCGGCGCGCGAUGUCGGAACACCGGCCGUUCAAGAUGAGUUUCGGGACGGUGAUGGCACUGGCUGCGUUUGCGCAGUUUUAG